AUGCAGAAUCAAGAAGAACAGUCGACUGCAGAUGGAGAAAUAGCGGGGACAUGUGAAAUCGAAGAUUGUGCAAAUUUUGGAGGAGGAGAUGAUGAUAUCAUGCAACAGCAAUCAAGUGUUCCAUUUGUCGGCGACAAGGAGCCUUUGUCUGCAUUAGCAGCUGAAUAUCAAUCUGGUAGUCCUAUUUUGCUUGAGAAAAUAAAGGUGCUUGGUGACAAGUAUGUUGCAAUUAGGCGAACACGUGGAGACGGGAAUUGCUUCUUUCGGAGCUUUAUGUUUUCGUACCUAGAGCAUAUUUUGGAGACGCAAGGCCGUGCGGAAGUUGAGCGUAUUAAAGUGAAUGUUGAAGAAUGUAGGAAAACGCUGCAGAGUUUGGGUUAUGUGGACUUCACAUUUGAGGAUUUUUUUGCGUUAUUUCUUGAGCAGCUGGAUGAUGUUCUCCAAGGAAAUGAAACUUCAAUAAGUCACGAAGAGCUUCUAAAUAGGAGUCGUGAUCAGUCUGUAUCAGACUAUGUUGUCAUGUUUUUCAGGUUUGUGACCUCUGGAGAAAUAAGAAAACGCUCCCAGUUUUUUGAACCCUUUAUAUUUGGAUUGACAAACACAACAGUAGAGCAGUUUUGCAAGUCAUCAGUGGAACCUAUGGGUGAAGAAAGCGACCAUGUGCACAUUACUGCGCUAUCAGAUGCAUUGGGGGUGCCAAUUCGUGUUGUAUACCUCGACCGCAGCUCUUGUGAUGCAGCUGGUGUCAGUGUAAAUCAUCACGAUUUCAUUCCUGCUCCUGGCAAUCUCCCAAGUGCUAAUUCUGAGAGCAUCAAUCCCUUCAUUACCUUGCUUUAUCGUCCGGGUCACUAUGACAUUCUCUACCCAAAGUGGAUGGGACAUCUUUAUGUUAUUGAGUCUAGCUUGUGUAUAUUGCAGGCCAUUAAUGAUGUCCCGGUGAUGGAAGCUGCCAAGGUGAUUUUGGAAUAUGACAAGAAACACAUGGUUGCAAGGCAAAGGCCUUAG